AUGAGAAAUUCCCACGGAUCAAACGGGGUGUUCAACCCUGGUUAUAGCCGAGACUCUGGUGAAAAUACCGAUCCCGGCGUACGCAAACCAAGGCCAAAACUGUCACAGGUGAUUGUAACGAGACCGCACUACCAACAGGAAGACCUCAACAAUGCGUUCAACUAUUUCAAACCUAAAUCGAACUUCUAUCAAGAUGCUCUCGAAAGCAUGCGAGAAGUGGAUACAAAGUCCUGUAUUACUAGUCUGUUUCCCAUUUUUCAAUGGCUCCCGGAGUACCAAUUUCCCACCGACCUUUUGGGUGACAUCAUUAGUGGCAUUACGGUAGGUGUUAUGCAUAUACCGCAGGGCAUGGGAUAUGCACUACUGGCCAACAUGCCACCGAUAACGGGAAUCUACACGGCGUUCUUUCCAGUGUUUAUUUACUUCCUGUUUGGCACAUCACGGCACAAUUCUAUGGGCACACUAGCGGUCGUCUCAAUCAUGACUGGUAAAGUGGUGUACAACCAUUCCGGAGCCGGAUCGAACUAUACCAAUCUGGAAGUUGGCACUGCACUUUGCUUUAUGGUCGGCAUAAUACAGCUUGUCAUGUGCCUGUUGCGAAUGGGCGCCGCAUCGUUCCUGCUUUCAGAGGCGCUCGUUUCAGGGUUCACUACUGGUGCGGCCGUUUAUGUUUUUACUUCGCAGAUGAAGGACAUUCUUGGCGUUACCUUACCGCCAUUGGGCAGCAGAUUUGAAAUUGUUAAUACAUAUUAUGAACUUGGAAAAAGAAUUCCCGACACAAACUUGGUUUGCCUCGGAAUUGCAGCAGUGGCAAUUAUCAUAUUGUUGAUAAAUAAUGAAAUCAUCAAGCCACGGCUAGCGAAACUGUGCAUUAUACCAAUACCGAUUCAACUGAUACUCGUUGUCAGUGGUACCUUUUUAUCAAUACAGUACAAUUUAAAGGAUAGCCUAAAAGUUGUUGGAACCAUACCACAGGGGUUGCCCGCUCCGCAAAUGCCCAACGUUGACAUAUUUUCUGAAAUAUUUGUAGAAAGCAUCACCGUGGCCGUGGUUGGGUACACCAUCUCGGUUUCUCUUGGCAUAAUUUUUGCCAAGAAAGAAAACUACGAAAUCGGCUUUAACCAAGAGCUCUUGGCACUCGGGGCUGGAAACCUUUUCGGAUCAUUCUUUUCAUGUUUCCCGUUUGCCGCUUCUCUGUCACGUGCCGCGAUUCAGUAUCUAGCUGGUGGAAAAACACAAAUUACGGGACUGGUGUCGUGCAGUCUGCUGGCGGUUGUCCUACUGUUCGUUGCAUCAUUUUUCGAACCACUACCCCGAUGCAUCCUUGCUAGUAUUAUCGCCGUUUCGGUGCAAGGGUUACUGAUGCAAGUAAAGGAUUUGCCACAGUUCUGGCGGCAGGGAUUUUUCGACGGCGUCACCUGGGUGCUGACUUUUGUAUCCGUCGUGUUCAUCUCAAUCGAUGUUGGAUUGAUCGUUGGAUUCUCGCUUAGUGUUUCGACCAUCUUCUUCCGUGCGCUUAAGCCCUAUAUGUGCAAAAUGGGAAAUGUUCCAAACUCGGACGUCUAUUUGGAUAUCACCCGCUAUGAAGGGCUUAUCGAGUUCCGUGGCAUCAAAAUAAUUCACUACAGCGGUGGACUACACUUUGCCUCACGCGCCACCUUUAAAAAUACUAUCUGCCAGUUCCUGGACAUCAACCUAACGGAAGAAAUCAAGCGCCAUAAGGCAGCUGAGUUUGUUGAGGCAGAGGAUGCGGUAAAGUUUUUAGUACUGGACUUCACGGCCCUCAGCUACAUUGAUCCAUCUGCGAUCUCGACGUUCAAAUCGUUCGUAAAGGAGUUGGAAUCGAUUAACAUACAGACACUUCUGGCCGGAUGUUCACCGCUGGUAUUUGAGAAAAUGAAGAAGUGUAAUUUCAUUGGCGGUGAAGAAAACUACGUUCGCACUUAUCCGACCAUUCACGACGCGGUCCACUAUGCACAGAAGCAACUGCGACUGCGCACAGGAGGCGCAGUUGAGACGAUUCAAGAAGUACGAUUGUAAUGAAUAUGUUUAUACCGAAAACUCGCUAGGGGAAUUAUAUUUUUGGCUGCUCCAGUGAAUAAAUGCAAUCUAACCUAUGA